AUGGAGGAGGAGCUAGAUCCUUUCAUGUUAAGAGUGUGCUGGAUCUUCGCCGGGUUCGCUAUGAUAUCUAUAAUGGGGAAACCCGAGUUUGUAAGGAAUAAAAAUUCAUACAGCAUACUCACAGCUAGCUUAGAGUUCGGAAGAACUUAUGUGGUUAGGCCAAAAGGAAAACACCAGGCUACUGUAGUUUGGCUACACGAGGUCAGCGAGAAUGGUUUCAGUUGGUACCAGCUGUUGGAAGCCUUGCCAAUUCGAAAUAUCAAGUGGAUCUGCCCAACGGCACCUAUUCUGCAACGAUUUGGAGGAUCUUCGACCACUGUGUGGUUUGAUACGCCCAAGUAUUCAGAGGAUGCUCUUAGUAAUAUGGAAAGCUUAGAUGCUUCAGCAGCAUAUGCUGCAAAACUGCUAUCAACUGAGCCCAGUCACAUCAAACUUGGUUUGGGGGGCUUUGGUAUGGGUUCUGCCCUUGCCCUCUACUCUGCCGCUUGUGCUGUUGAAGGAAGACUUGCAAAUGGAAGACCAUACCCUGCUAAUGUAUCUGCUGUUGUUGGUCUAAGUGGGUGGCUUCCAAUGGCCAGAUUUUUGACGGACAAAAUAAUAGGGUCUAAGGAGGCUGUUGCGCGUGCAGCAUCCUUGCCGCUGUUGCUCUGCCACGGAAAAGUUGAUGGUACCGUCUUUUAUAAGGACGGAGCGAAUUGCUCAAAGGUCUUAAGUUCUCCACUGUUCCAAAAACUCACUUCAAGAUCAUAUGACAGACUUGGACACGCAACAAUUCAUGAAGAAAUGAAUGAAGUUUGCAGUUGGUUAACUACAAAUUUAGCACUCGAUGGAUCUGAUUGA